AAAAUUUACCUUCUACUACCCCUACUCAACUCAUUCUCAAUUGGUUUCUUCUAAUACACCACAUAAUACUACUGACCCUACACAACCCUCUACAACUACUCAACAUAAUCAUUCUCAAUCAGUUUCUUCUAAUAUACCAUAUAAUACUACUGACCCUAAACAACCACCUUCAACUACUCAACAUGAUCGUUCUCAAUCAGUUUUUUCUAAUGUACUAUAUAAAUCUGCUGCUUCUUAA